AUGGCGCCUGAAUUAUCCCGACAGGCGCCGGGUAUCGCCAGACGGUGGCCGGUAGGAGUGGUCCAGCCAGCGCUGCCUCAAUCACUACCCGGACUGAAGAACAAGUACAAAACUCAAGCUACCAGACAGCCUGCAUCUUCGACCCCUGCACAGAACAGUGUCUCCGAGCUGCCUGCCCUAUCUCGGCCACUUCCUCCGACGCAGUCUGACCCGGACAACAUAGAGGCCACCCGAAGUCAGAAUGCGCCAGAAUUUCUGAAUGAAGCUCCUGCCGAGGCAUCAGCCAAAGCUGCGGAUGUUGGCCCCAAUGCCGCCGACGACCCCCAAACUACCGAACGGAGUACACAAGACUCUACAGAGGAGUCAGAGGCACCUCACGAGCUGGGAGGACGCGCUGGAGACCAGUCUGAGCACGAGCUGGUUGGAGACAAUCCUGUGACCCAUACCAGUCAUCCUGAAGCAGUCUCUGAUGACGUCUCUGGCGAUGUUUCGAAUACCAUCUCUCGAGCUUCGCCGCGAGCAAGUGUGUCGGAACAAGGCAGUAGAGCUGUGUCUGCUGCAGACACCUCCGACCAUGCGACACUGCCGACCGAAAUCGAUGGCCGAGCCACGUUCCCUGAUGAGCUGACGCAGCCCAGUCGAACGGUGCAGAAUGGCUACACAGUCGGGUCGGACGAAGGCUAUGCUAGUCACGAACAUACGGGUCCUGCCUCUGCUACUUCACCGCAAUCAGCGCAGCCGAAUGGUGUAAGCGCAAGUUUGUCCUUCGCACAAAAUGAACCAGCACCGUUCAUCUCGCUAGCAGACCAUCUUUUACAACUCAGCUAUACCAAAGCUUGGGCUGAUUACUCGAUCUUUCUCAACCCCAGACAUUCUCAACCACCCAUCGUAGCGCAGACCCACCACAGCAGCGCGCGUGCUGACGUUUUCGACGCCCAUCUUCAUUAUGCCCGACGCUUUCGAGCUGCUCUGCGAUUCCUCUACUCCGACGCCAUCCUUACAGCCGAAGCCUUGGUCCAGCCGCGCGUUUCCUCCGGAUCACAGGUUGAUCGAUCUGCCAUGUUGCUAUACAUCUUGUCUUAUUGGGUAUCAGGUCUGCUUCUCGGCAUAGAGCACGUCACCAACCGCGCUGCUAAGCUGCUGUCUGAAGUGAUGGACUGGGAUGUCGUCGAAGGCCUCCUCAAGCAGACGGAAUUCCUUACAUCCGGUUCAGAUCCUGAGUUCCUGGACGCCGAUAUUGAUUGGGCUGGUCUGGCCAGACAGUGGAAGUCUUUGGCGCUGGCAUUCAUUGCGACCAGCAUCGAUCCAAGCAAGACCAACCUAGACACAGCGUCCGUGUCAUCUCUUGCUUCACGUUUCGGCUCGCUCGAUGAGACUCGAACCAAGCACAACCCCAAGCUCAGAUCAAUGGUGUUUGGCUCUAUGCCAGCCACUGCAGACAUAUCUCCUUCGACUACAGAGCCCGCCCUGCUUCAGACCACGUCUUUUCAUGCGCCGGGGACAGCCAUCUCCCGUAUUCUGUUGAACGUAGACUACGGCGACUUAGCGCAGUGGCACGAGCAAUCGAAGGCGGCCUAUGGCGAAGCCGGAAGCACACUGUUGGCGAAUGUGGUGGCAGAGCGGGAGGUUCGCAGGGUCAAGUUGCUGAACAACCAUCCCCUAUCAAGCAAGCAUCGGUCGGCCAAUUCGGACAUCUGGGAAGUGGUUGGGUGGAAGGAGGCUGUUAUCAACGGCCGGCUGACUCGAGAUUUUGUCGGUUUCUUCGCUCCGCAGCGUUGA